AUGAACGUGUGGAUAAUCGAUGGCGAGCCGGAAGCGUCGCGCCAUCGGGUGAAGAAGACGUGUUUUGCUGACGAAGUUGAAUUGGUAUCGACAUCAGGUUGGGGUGACGACACCAAAGCACAGCGAAGAAAGCAACGCAGCAGAGUCGAGCUCCUGGUAGAAGACAGUGAUGAUGCAAACGAAGACGUGCCUGGCAAAGGUGCCAACCCCAUGACAAGUGUCAAGGUCAACGAGAUCAGCACUGCUGACGUCGUUGAAGCUAGUCCUGCAAAGUCGAACCAGGAGAUCACUGUGCAUCAUCUCGUUCGAGAAUUCUUACUCAUGCACUGUCAUGACGACGUUGUGCGAAUACUCGACCAAGAACGACCUAUACCGCUUCUUGGUGGCACUGAGGUCAAGCAACUGAGUCGACGGUUGAUCGGCACCGAUAAAACAAGCGCAAACCUGUCAGUACCAUCUUCGCUGUUGGAGCGCUUUCUCGUGUGCUCUAACGAAGCCAAGGUCAAAGCAAGAGCAAAACGGAAUGCUAAGGAACGAUCUGAUUCAAGCGAAAAGACGCCAGCAAAGAGCUCACCAACCGGCCGACCAAAACCUGAAUUAAAUGUGGUUACCAACAACUUAGAUCAAACUGCCAGUAAAAAUGCCAUCGCCACUCCUGUCAACGACCAAGGGUAUAAUCGUCUUAACCACCCAGGAUCCACCCCACACCACCAUGGCCCCGUCAUUGGAGAACCCGGAUCGACUCCAAUGGCCCGGGCAAAAGAUCUACACUUUCAAGGAUUUAAAGACGACGACGACGAUAUGGAAAAAGCUUCUUCGGAAGACGAUAACGCUCACGAGGAUGUAGAUCAACUCUCACACUACGCUCUCCACAAACGCACGUCAAAGACUGGUCUGAAACGUGUGCGGUUGGGAAACCCUGGAAGUACUCCCACCAAAGAGUACAUUUUCUUCCGAGAAACGCCACCUUCAUUUGUGACAGAAACCAUUGAAGAUGCCGUCGAGGUAUUCAAGAAACUGGGCAACAAUCCUGAAUUCGUAAAACAAGCCGAGCGAUUCAUUGAACUGCAGAGCAGUGAGGUAGCCAAGUACACAGUCGGUCAAGUAGUCGAAGGAUUAGGCGCAAAGUGGAAUAUCAACGGCGUGGUGUCAAAAGUCUACGGAUCCAGACUAUGCGGGACGGCUGGACGAGGGACUAUUGUGAUUGACACUUGUCCUGAACAUGCAACCGAGUGA